GGCCCCGCCUCCCCCGCGGCUCGGAGCGCGUGGUGCUGCCAGUGGCGCGGCACCCCCGGCGGGAGAGCGGGACGAGGUGUCGGCCGGGGAAAGAGUCGCUGGUUCGCCAUGAAGCCGCCCAAAGUGGUGCCGUGGCGGCGGCUGGUUGGGGUGUCCUUCGGGAUGUACACGGCCGAGGAGAUCAGGAAACUGAGUGUCAAACCCAUAACGAACCCUCAGUACCUGGAUAACUUGGGGAAUCCGGCUGCCAAUGGACUGUACGACUUGGCUCUGGGACCUCCGGACUCCAAGGAAGUGUGUGCAACUUGCAUGCAGAACUUCAGCAACUGCCCUGGUCAUUUUGGCCACAUAGAGCUGCCUCUGACUGUCUACAACCCCCUGUUCUUCGAUAAAUUAUACCUUCUGAUCCGAGGUUCUUGUUUGAACUGUCACAUGCUGACAUGCACUCGAGCCGUGGUUCACUUACUGCUGAGUCAGCUGAAGGUGCUGGAGAAGGGGUUUCUUCAUGCUGUCUAUGACCUUGAAGUCAUUCUGAACAGGUUUUUAGAGCAAUGUGCAGACGCAACAGGUUCAGAAAUUGAAGAGGAGCUUAAUCGCCACGUUCAGGAAAUAUUACAGAGCUCUCAAACAAGAGAUCAGUGUUCAAAUGUCAAAAAUGUAUGUGGCUGUCGAAAUAAUCUGAUAGCACAGUUCUGGAAAGCACAUAUGGGUUCAAAGAAAUGCCCAAACUGCAAAUCCAGGAGAUCACUGGUGAGAAAGGAGCAUAACAGCAAGCUGACAGUAACCUAUCCUUCUACAGUGUACCAUAAGUCAGGAGAGGGAGGCAUUCUGGAUGAACCAGCAGUUAUUGAUGAAAGCCAGUUAGGGAAGAGAGGAUACCUGACACCAAUGACUGCCAAAGAGUACAUCCUGGCUCUGUGGAAGAAUGAAGGUUUCUUUUUGCGUUAUCUCUUCCCUGGGAUGGAUCCCCAUGAGAGUUCAGGAUUCAGUCCAGACAUGUUUUUUUUAGAUCUACUUGUGGUUCCGCCUUCGAGGUACCGUCCCGUAAAUCGCCUUGGAGAUCGACUGUUCACGAACGGCCAGACUGUGAACCUGCAGGCUGUGAUGAAAGAUGCCCAGACGAUACGGAAACUCUUGCUUUUCAUGGCAAAAGAACAAUGUCAGCCAAUAAAAUUUGCAGAAGAAAUUCAAACAGAGAUAGGAGGGGAUAAUGAACCUUUGGACCGUUCUGUGCUGACAGCGAUUCCAGGACAGAGCAUUGCAGAUAAGCUGUACAACAGUUGGAUACGUCUUCAGAGCCAUGUCAACAUUGUAUUUGACAGUGACAUGGACAAACUGAUAAAAGAAAAAUACCCUGGUAUUCGUCAGCUGUUGGAGAAGAAGGAGGGGCUGUUCCGGAAGCACAUGAUGGGCAAGCGCGUGGAUUUUGCUGCUCGAUCAGUCAUUUGCCCCGAUAUGUACAUUGGUACCAAUGAGAUUGGCAUUCCCAUGGUAUUUGCUACCAAACUGACUUACCCUCAGCCAGUCACUCCCUGGAAUGUCAAAGAGCUGAGGCAGGCUGUCAUAAAUGGCCCAAAGGUUCACCCUGGGGCCUCCAUGGUCAUUAACGAGGACGGAUCUCGCACGGUGCUGAGCGCGACCAGCCUGACCCAGAGGGAGGCCAUCGCCAAGCAGCUCCUCACUCCUUCUUCUGGAGCCCCCCAGUCAGGACUGAAGAUUGUGUGUCGACAUAUUAAAAAUGGAGAUGUCCUGUUACUGAACCGCCAGCCCACCCUUCACAGGCCUUCCAUCCAAGCUCACCGGGCCCGAAUCCUGCCUGGAGAAAAAGUGCUGAGGCUUCACUAUGCCAACUGCAAGGCUUACAAUGCUGAUUUUGAUGGAGAUGAGAUGAAUGCCCAUUUUCCACAGAGCGAGCUGGGUAGGGCAGAAGCCUACACCUUAGCCUGUACUGAUGAACAGUAUCUGGUGCCAAAGGAUGGGAAGCCACUUCCUGGCUUGAUCCAGGAUCACAUGGUUUCUGGAGUCAGCAUGACAAUCCGGGGCUGCUUUUUCACCAGAGAGCAAUAUAUGGAGCUUGUUUACCGAGGACUGACAGACAAGAAAGGAAGAAUUAAAACCUUUCCUCCUGCCAUUAUGAAACCACAGCGAUUAUGGACAGGAAAGCAGGUUGUUUCUACGUUGCUAAUAAACGUCAUCCCAGACAACCACAUUCCACUGAAUUUGACUGGGAAAGCCAAGAUUGGUGGGAGAGCCUGGGUGAAGGGACCUGCAAGCAGAUGUCUAAAUCUUGAUUCAAUGUGUGAAUCUCAGGUUAUUAUUAGAAACGGGGAGUUACUGUGUGGAGUCUUGGACAAAGCUCACUUUGGCAGCUCUGCCUAUGGCCUGGUCCAUUGUUGCUAUGAAAUCUAUGGGGGUGAAACCAGUGGGAAGGUGCUGACGUGCCUGGGACGCCUCUUCACUGCUUACCUGCAGUUGUACAGGGGGUUUACAAUGGGGAUUGAAGAUAUUUUGGUUAAACCCGAUGCAGACCACAAAAGAAAAAAAAUCAUUGAAAAGUCAAAGCAGAGUGGUAUUGAAGCUGUUAGAGCUGCUCUUAAUUUGCCAGAAACAGCAUCAUGUGAAGAGGUCCAAGGGAAAUGGCAGGAUGCCCAUCUCUGCAAAGACCAGAGGGAUUUUAACAUGGUUGAUAUGAAAUUCAAGGAGGAAGUAAACAAUUACAACAACGAAGUUAACAAGGUCUGUAUGCCCCUUGGUCUCCACAGGAGCUUUCCAGAGAACAAUUUGCAGUUGAUGGUACAGUCAGGAGCCAAAGGAUCCACUGUAAACACAAUGCAGAUUUCGUGUUUGCUGGGCCAGAUCGAGUUGGAAGGUCGGAGACCCCCACUGAUGGCAUCUGGCAAAUCACUGCCCUGUUUCCAGCCUUAUGAUUUUUCCCCCAGCUCAGGAGGAUUUGUGACUGGCAGAUUUCUCACUGGGAUCAAACCUUCUGAAUUCUUCUUUCACUGCAUGGCUGGCAGGGAAGGUCUUGUGGAUACAGCUGUCAAAACCAGCCGUUCUGGGUACCUGCAAAGGUGUAUCAUAAAACACUUGGAAGGACUGGUGGUUCAGUAUGACCUGACUGUACGGGACAGCGAUGGCAGCGUGGUGCAGUUUCUGUAUGGAGAAGAUGGGCUUGAUAUCCCUAAAACUCAGUUCUUACAGCCAGAGCAGUUUCCUUUCAUUGCAGAAAACUAUGAGGUAAUCCAGAAGACAAACCAUCUGGAUGAAGCUUUAGCAAGGAUGGAGUCUCACCAAGCUAACCGGCAGUUCAAAGCCAUCAAAAAGUGGCGAGCCAGGCACCAAAGCUCUGUGCAAAGAGAAGGAGGUUUUCUGUUGUUUUCCCAAAAGAAAAGGGCAAGUGUGAAAGCACAGAUUCCAGCAGGUGAAAUAAAAAAUGGAAGAGAUCCUGCUACUUUACAGUUAUUGAAGAUGUGGUAUGAGCUAGAUGAGAAGAAACGAAGAAAGUAUCUGAAGAAGACAAAUAAGUGUCCUGACCCAAGCCUUGGUGUUUGGCGUCCAGAUACUCAUUUUGCAUCUGUUUCAGAAACAUUUGAAAAUGGAGUCGAAGGUUAUAUCAAUAAAUGGAAAUCUGAGAACAGCCAAAGUUAUAUGCACCCAGCACUUUCUUCUGAUAGAUUAAAGGAUUUGUUGUAUUUAAAGUGGCAGCGAUCUCUUUGUGACCCGGGAGAAGCUGUGGGUCUUCUUGCAGCUCAGAGUAUUGGGGAACCUUCCACACAGAUGACUCUGAACACCUUUCACUUUGCUGGCAGAGGUGAAAUGAAUGUCACAUUGGGUAUUCCAAGGUUGCGGGAAAUACUGAUGGUGGCCAGUGAAAAUAUUAAAACGCCAAUGAUGAGUGUUCCUGUGUUCAAUACCAAGAAAGCCCUCAAGAAGGUGAAACAUCUUAAGAAACAGCUCACAAGAGUCUGCUUAGCUGAGGUCCUGCAGAAAGUGGACAUAGAGGAAUCCCUGCAUGUGAAGCACAAGCAGAACAAGCAUCGCCUCUACAAAAUCAAAUUCCAUUUCUUGCCCCAUGAAUAUUACCGAGAGGAGAAGUGUGUGAGGCCUAGGCAGAUCUUGCACUUCAUGGAAAUAAGGUUCUUCAGAAUUUUUCUGGAAGCAAUUAGAAGGAAGACUGCAAAGAUGGCAGCUUUUAUUGAAGUCAGCACUCGGAAGACAACUCGGAAGGAUUUAGAUGAUGACCAGGACAAGAGACAGAAUAAUCAGGAAGCUGUAGCAGAGGAAGAAGAGAACAUUGUUGAUGCAGAAGCUGAUGAAGGGGAUGGUGAUGCUACAGAAAGUAAACGGAGGAAGAACCAGGAAGAAGAGGUCGACUAUGAGAGCGAAGAAGAGAAUGGGGAAGAAAAUGUUGAUGAGACUCCAGAAGAUGAAGAGGCUGAAUCAGAAAAAGAAGAAAAGGCUCCUGGUGCUGAAGAAGAUCAGAAUAGAGCAGAGGGUGAAGAAUCUCAACCUCUUUCAUUCAUGUCUCAGACCAAAAAAGGGAAAGAUCAAUUACUUCAGGCAGCAGAGGUGCGAGUAAAUGCUGUUCUGGCAACCCACCCAUCCAUACAGGAUUACACAUUUGACACCGAAAACGAACUUUGGUGUGAGGUUUCUCUGGCGCUGCCGCUGACGAAGGUGUACUUUGAUCUCUCCUCCUUGCUCACCUCCCUGGCACGCAGCACAGUGAUCCAUGAGGUGAAGGGGAUCACAAGGUGCCUGUUGAAUGAAAGCACCAAUAAGGAAGGAGAGAAGGAAUUUGUUCUGCACACUGAAGGGAUAAACAUGGUGGAGCUGUUCAGAUACUCUGACAUUUUGGACCUGAACAGACUUUAUUCCAAUGAUAUUCAUGCCAUGGCUAAGAAUUAUGGAAUUGAAUCAGCCCUGAGGGUGAUUAUAAAGGAAAUAAAAGAUGUAUUUGCUGUAUAUGGGAUUGUGGUAGACCCUCGGCACCUUUCACUUGUGGCAGAUUACAUGUGUUUUGAAGGAAUUUAUAAACCGCUGAAUCGUUUUGGAAUUCAGUCCAACUCCUCCCCUCUGCAGCAGAUGACAUUUGAAACAAGCUACAAGUUCUUGAAGGAAGCAACAAUGAUGGGUACCCACGAUGAGCUGCGCUCCCCUUCGGCCUGCCUGGUGGUUGGAAAAGUUGUCAAAGGAGGGACUGGCUUGUUUGACCUCAAGCAGCCCCUGACAUAGUGUUUUGGUGAUAACUUAAGGAUUCUGACUGAAAUGUUCAUAAGAUCUAUGUGUGCUCUACAGCUACACAGUGAGGGCACGUGGCUGUGUCCCCAGUCAUCUUCCCUGUGCCAGAAGACUUCUCAAUCCAGAUACCCAGUGAGCCUUAUCUAUUGAAUGAGUAUAGGAGCUACCCUUUGAUCCAAAGAAACAUUUAUUUACUGUUCAUCAAUGUAAAAAACGAGAUUAUUGGUUUACAUAGAAAAGAAUAAAAUGCAGGAGUCUGUCUGGAUCUCAGAGAGUCUGUGCAGCAGCUGUGGCAGGCAGAAGUCAAAGCAGAAUCUGUUUAUGCUGUCUUAAUUUUUGUGGGGCAGAAUCCCAUCAGGGUGGGUGGUGCCAGUUGCCUCAUGGUCAUUAACAUGACAAAUUUCCAGCACUGGAAAUAGCAUUCCAAACUGGCAGGUGUAGCUGGGCAGUGCUGUGCUUCACCUGCUACACUGUAUUGGAGCAUCUGUGCUUGAGUGUUGAUUUCCUCAUCUUUUGCUGCACUGGGGUGCACUGCCAUGACUUGUAUAAGCUUUGGAGGAUGCAUUUUCCUAUUCUUCUACUUCAUUUAGUAAGAAUAAUGUGUCUGUGACACAGUUGUUAAAUUUCUGUAUUACCUGAACACCGCAAUUCAGAGUUUUCAUGGUUCCUAUAGGCAUUUUCCAGUGCCUACUCUUAUAACUUCUUUGUAUGGAACAGAUCUCACACAGUGAGAGACCUGACUUUUGCUAAGGAUUAAUUCCUUAAAUGCCAACAUGAGCUGCUGUGGCAGUGACUACACAGAAGACUCCUGUAAGAAUUACCAAAAUAGAGAUUGUAAACUAUUUUUGCUUACAUCUUCUGUAUCAAAGAGAAUAUUUAAUAAAGGACAUUGCAAAGAAA